GCGAGACGGGGGUUUAUUUCCUUUGGAAAUGUAAUUUUUGGGGGAGACCUCUGAAAUGGCAUUGUGAGAUUAAUGGUUUUCCAUAUAUGAAGUUUGCCCAACCUGGUAUUUGCGGCUCAAUUUAUUAGUUUUCCGUGGCUCGGUGGAGAGGAGUCACAGCUUGCCGGGAUGGAAUUCGGUUUCCAGAAAACUGUUCAGAACAAUUUCUUCUAGAAGGAUUGAGGGGACCCGAGGAAAGCCUUCUUCAGGACAAGAACAGCAAGGGCUGAGAGGAAGCACAGCGCACCACAAAUCAAAGCUCGCUGACACCCCUGGAGUGUCAGAGCCCGGAGGAUGUCGGCUGCCAGGAGGCUGAGGAGGCUCUAAGGGUGCAGCGGUCUCAGCGGGACAGGUUCCUCAGAUCCGGGAUCACCAUGGCCUCCUCUCUCUGGCUGGACGGCUGACGUGCCUUCGUGCUCCCAGUGUGCACGCUCCUGGACUGGGCGCUAUCCCGGCUACCACCUGCUCGCAGGGACUGGGAGCAGGGCAGGUGGGCAUCAGAUGCUACCCCAAGCCGGACGGGGCAGUGCAAUGGACUCCGAGCAGCUAAGAUGGAAGUGACCUGAGGCCUCGCCCAGGCGGUUUCCUCUUGGCAGGACAGCUUAAGCAUUGGAGCACAGACUAGUCUGGGGAGCAGUAUGCCGGAAGCUGGUUUCCAGGCCACAAAUGCUUUCACAGAGUGCAAAUUCACCUGCACCAGCGGUAAAUGCUUGUAUCUUGGUUCACUGGUCUGUAACCAACAGAAUGACUGUGGGGACAACAGUGAUGAAGAAAACUGUCUCCUGGUGACUGAACAUCCACCUCCGGGCAUCUUCAACUCGGAACUGGAGUUUGCCCAGAUCAUCAUCAUCGUCGUGGUGGUCACGGUGAUGGUCGUGGUCAUUGUCUGCCUGCUGAAUCACUACAAAGUCUCAACCCGAUCCUUCAUCAACCGCCCGAGCCAGAGCAGGAGGCAGGAGGACGGGCUGCAGCCGGAAGGACGCCUGUGGCCAUCAGACAGUUCUGGGCCUGGACCAGGUGCUUCAGAGAUCAUGUACGCCCCUCGAUCCCGGGACAGAUUCACUGCCCCGUCCUUUAUCCAGAGGGACCGCUUCAGCCGCUUCCAGCCCACCUACCCCUAUGUGCAGCACGAGAUUGACCUGCCCCCCACCAUCUCGCUGUCCGACGGGGAGGAGCCGCCUCCGUACCAGGGGCCCUGCACCCUCCAGCUGCGGGACCCUGAACAGCAGAUGGAACUCAACCGAGAAUCUGUGAGGGCCCCGCCCAACCGAACCAUAUUCGACAGCGAUUUGAUCGACAUUUCUGUGUACCACGGGGGCCCGUGCCCGCCGAGCAGCAAUUCGGGCAUCAGCGCCAGCACCUGCAGCAGUAACGGGAGGAUGGAGGGGCCGCCCCCUACGUACAGCGAGGUGAUGGGGCACUACCCCGGCUCCUCCUUCUUCCAUCACCAGCACAGCCACGCCCCCCGCGGCAGCAGACUGCCCUUCCAGCCCGACGGCUCCGGGAGCACCGUGGUGACCCUCCAGGGCAAGGACCGGAAGCCUGGGAACCUCGUCUGAGUCCCGCUCCUGGCGUGCACUUGGGCUGAGACGAGAAAGCACGGCCAAGGGCGCCCCUCCGCACCGUGUUGCUCAGUUUUACCAAGUAAAACCAAAUGUGCAAAUGUGGUCUUUGUUUCUGAUUCCUUUCAGGGGAAUUGCAUGCAGUCUAAAGUGAAAUCCUACAAACUUCAAUCGGGUCUGACCGCAAACAGUGUUUCUUUGGGAACAGGC